AUGGAUUCGUCGAAAAAGGAAAAGUUGCCCUUGAUUAAAGAAUGUGCAAAUCGUGCGAAGCUAUCAGAACAUCAAGUUAAGGUAUUAUAAAUAUUAUGUAUUAUGUAUAUAAUUAUUUUCUAUGCGAGUUCAUAUUUUAAAAUGAAUAUUUAUAUCAUUUGACCUUUGAUGUCUCCAAUGCAGCAGUGAACAUGCAGAAUGGUGCUUCCAUCAUAAAUCAUAAUGAUGGGAAUAAAUCAUAGGGAGUCUUCUCUCCCCUCUGCAGAGGCUUCAAAUUAACAUGAAAUGGGAGAAUAUUAAUAUAAUUUGAGAUCAAUAAUGGGAGAAUAUUUGUAGAAUCGGUAUUAAGCCGGUUACAGACGAGCAAGUUUUCUGGCAUCAAGGAUUUUUAAGAAUGGUUUAAUAGUAUGAAUCUGAGGGUCAAAUCAAUAACAAUACAUGAGAAUAAUUUAUUGUAUUAAAAAUCAAUAUAACAACACCUGAAUACCAAAACAUCUAAUAUAAUAAUAGACAUACAUUUAUAUAAAUGUAUGUGUUUUUACUGUUUUAUAUUAGAUGUUUUGGUAUUCAUGUGUUUUUAUUGAAUUUAAUUCUUUUCCAGCAUUGGAUAAAUAACUACAAGUCCAAAAUAAGUGGACGCAUAUCAGCAAGGAAAGCAAAAAGUAAGCUUAUCAGAAAAAGGUCUGGGUUUAACAUGUUUGCCAGAGAGAGUCUCCUUAAAGGUACUGUACAUACAUAAAUAGUUGAUGUAAUUGAUAUAGUGAAUAUAUUAGAACCAUAUUAACCAGCUGUAUUGCAGCAAAAUGUGCCUUAUAUUAUUAAUCCAUUGAGCUAUGAGCUGCAAUGCACCUCAGUGCGCCUUACUUCUUUUCUUUACUUUCUAUAGCCAGAUGAUUUUACUCGUCAAUGGGGAAGUUCUGUAGCUUAUUGGUUAACCCAUUGAGUCGCAUUGCACCCUGAUGCACCCUACUUUAGUAUUUUACUCUGUCUAACGCCAGACAAUUUUACUCGAGAAUCGAGAAAGGGAGAGCACUGGCGCUUAAUCGGUUAAGCCACAAAACCUCAACCCACCUUAGCCCCAAAAUUGGCUGCAUUUUGUAUUUUUCUCAUAAAAUGCAUUUAAACAGAUAAUUUGUACAUAAUUAUAAGCAUUUAUAUUAUUCUUUCAAUCUUUAAUUAUUAAGUACAUAUAAUGAGAAGUUUUUAAAAUUAACUUUCAUUUUGCUACAUUUUGGAUAGUUUCACUAAACAUCUUCAGGCUAUUUACAACUUUGUCCAACUAUCUGAAGACAGGUAGUGAAACUACCCGAAACGCAGCAAAAUUAAAGUUAAUUUUAAAAAGUUUUCAUGAUAUAUCAUUAAUAAUAAUUAAAGAUUGUAUUGUUUAUUUCUGGUCAUUUUGCCACUCACAUCACAUGUGUAUCAUACAACAGUAUAAUGUACCAGUCUGGAGUAUAUGUGUUUAUAGGGCAUAUGUGUUUAUGAGUUGUUUUUUUGUUUUUGUUUGUAUAUAUCUGCUAACCUUAGUAUUUAUUUAUGAUAAUAUAAUAUACACACAAGUUGGAGCUGCCUGUUAAUUAAACAAUACCAAAAAAAUUUCAGACAUGCUAACUGCUCAUAUUAAGUAUGGUACAAGUGCAUUGUCGGUCAGUAUAAACUGCAGACUGCAGACCAGGUAUAAUGUGCAGAAUGAGUAUAAAUUGCAAACCGAAUACACAGACUUGGUAUAAAAUGCUGACUAUAAAUUAUAUAUAAUAUUCUUAAGAAAAUACAAAAUAAAAUUGUUUAUCUUACACUUCCUGAUUACAUGAAAAAUCUCAAUACAGACAGUGUAACCCCAAUCUGAAAAUUGAAUACCUGUAGAUCAUCGAUUUACAAAACAACUUAAAUAGAUGCAUGAUGACGAUCUAUUUAGGGGAAACUAAUGAAUGCCUAAUCCCCACUUCACCCCCUCCCUAACCCCUAAUGAAUGAUAACGUAUUGUCUAUACUGGGGUUAUGGAGGGGCUGGGGGUUAGGCAUUCGUUAGUUUCCCCUAAAUAGAUCAUCAUCUAUUUAAGCUCUUUUUGUAAAUCGAUGGUAAUGAUCUAUUCAAUACCGAGACUGGGGUGGCUCGGAACAUAACGCUGUAUGGGUUACAUGAGUAUGUAACAAUAGAAAUCUUACUUGACUAUUAAAAAGUUUAUACGACACUGUCUGUACAUUGAUAUUUUUCAUAAACAAUUAUCUUUUGCUUUUCCUGAUGAAUAUUAUAUAAACUUUAUAGUCUGCAUUUUAUACCAAGUCUGCAUAUUCGGUCUGCAAUUUAUACUCAUUCUGUACAUUAUACCCGGUCUGCAGUUUAUACCGACCGAAUGCCUUGUAUUUUUGGAAAAAAUAAGUAAAAUACAGCCAAUAUAUACAGCCAAUUUUGGGACUAUGUUAGAUAAGAUUAAUGUUAAUCCAUUACUGUAUUAAAAUAUUUUAGUGGGAGACAGUGUUGCAACUCAAUGUACAUGUAUUACACAUUGUUAUUUUACUCCAAACAUUUUUUAUUUUUAGAAAGCAGUGAUUCUCGGUGUGAUGCUUUCAAAAACUUAGGUCAGCAGUGGACGGAAAUGACUGAUGAUGAAAAGCAACAAUAUAAGACAAGAGCCUUGCUCUGUGAGAAAGAUGUGUCCUCAUCAUCAAAUGAUGUGAAGGCCAAAAAAAAUUAUAAAUAA